AUGUGGUGGAUGCUGUUUCCUCGCUGGAUCUGGUUCGUCUCGGGACAGUUUUUGCUGCUAUUUGUGGACAGGCAAUGCGUGAAAGGCAUGACUUUGCAAAGAGUUGCUUAUUCCCACGCAGGGAUCUGUCCAAACGACAUGAACCCAAACUCGUGGGUUGAUGCAAUGAGCACCUGCACGAGAGAAUGUGAAUCUGAUCAGGAAUGUGAAACGUUCGAAAAGUGCUGUGCCAAUGUUUGCGGCAAUCAGAGCUGUGUGGCGGCCCGCUACAUCGAUGCUACGGGCAAGAAAGGGCCCAUGGGCAUGCCAAAGGAGGCGUCCUGCGACAAGUUUAUGUGCACUCAGCAGGGCUCCGAGUGUGAAAUCUGGGACGGCCAGCCUGUGUGCAAGUGCCGCGACCGCUGCGAGAGAGAGCCCCACUUCACCUGCGCCUCGGACGGGAUGACCUACUAUAACAAGUGCUACAUGGAUGCGGAAGCGUGCUCAAAGGGCAUCUCCUUAUCGGUGGUGACGUGCCGCUUCCACCUCACCUGGCCUAACACUAGUCCUCUCCCGGCGGGCACUACCGCAUUGCCCACCACCACGCUGCAGCGCACCACUCCUGAAGACGUGCACGCUCCUGUGAUGGUGAACAGCCCAUCUCAGCAAUCCGUGUUCGUUGGCGACACGGCCAGCUUCCUUUGCGAAGUUGCAGGCCGACCAAAGCCCGAGAUAACCUGGGAGAAGCAGAUGGACGGGCAAGGAAACGUAAUCUUGAAACCCAACCACGUGCAUGGGAAUGUUGUGGUCACCAACAUCGGCCAGCUGGUUAUCUACAACGCUCAAUUGCAUGAUGCCGGUGUCUAUACAUGCGCGGCCACAAAUGCUGGCGGAUCCAUCCGAGCACAUUGUCCACUGUCCGUACUUGAGCAAGAGCAAGUCACAAAGUCGAACUCAACACGUUUCCCGGCAGAGGAGUGCUUUAAGGUGCCUGAUAGUGAAGAUUGUGGGGAGGAAAAGCUGAGUUGGUUUUACGACCCCCAGAGGAACAACUGCUACACCUUUAACUACGGCAACUGCAGCAAAAACCGCAAUCGCUUUGACGCUUAUGAGACCUGCAUGUCGUCCUGUCGGGAUGAACUCGCUGCUCCUUGUAACCUUCCCAUCUACCAGGGAUCUUGCAAGGCGUAUGAACCUCGCUGGGCCUACAGCGGCUCCCAGCGCCGGUGCCAACUGUUCGUAUACGGCGGCUGCAAAGGCAACGAGAACAACUUCAAAACCAAAGAAUCGUGCGAGGACACGUGCCUGUUCUUGAGGAGCCAUCGCUGCAAGCUGUGCAAGCCGCGGCACAAGAUGGUGACCAGCUUCUGCAAAAGCGAUUUCGUGAUUCUGGGACGCAUGACGGAGCUGACCGAGGACCAAGACUCGGGUCACGCUCUGAUCACCAUGGAGGAGAUCCUGAAGGACGAGAAAAUGGGGCUGAAAUUUUUCAGGAAUGAGCCCUUGGAGGUGACGUUGCAGAACAUGGACUGGGCCUGUCCGUGUCCGAACAUCACCACCCCCGAUGGCCAGAUCAUCAUCAUGGGGGACGUCAGCAACGGUAUGGCCAUCCUGCAGCCCGACAGCUUCAUCGUCCUUUCCAGCGCCCGGCGCGUCCGUAAGCUCCGCGAGGUCAUCAACAAAAACACCUGUGACAUUUUGAAAGAGUUCAUCCAGUAG